UUCAGUUGGUGGCUAUGGAAAAGAAAAGGUCUUCUGGGAGUCUGGCUGGACAAAAGAGAGGAAAGAGCACCUCUGGGGCUGAGCAUCAGGGAACGAGAACCACCACUAAUGUGGCUGCAGAAAGAAGUACCCCCCAUGAUACUAGACCCUUAUUCGAUGACCUUUUCAUAAGCCAAGCGUUGACAGAUGCUUCUCACCCAGCCUUCAAAGCAGCUGUCUUGAUCCAAAGAUGGUACCGACGUUACAUGGCCCGGCUCGAAAUGCGCCGACGAUGCACAUGGCGCAUUUUUCAGUCUAUAGAGUAUUCAGGACAGCAGGAUCAUCUCAAGCUCAACCAUUUCUUUGAUUAUCUUAUGGAAAAGUUCACACCAAGCAACAGUAAAGAGAGGGAUUUCAUUAACCGCAUGUUCUCGGAAAGUGAAGUCACUGUAGAAAAAUACCUUCCUCAUGAAACUGUGGCCGUGCCAUUCGGCUAUGUGGGUCCUCGUCUUUCCUUCCCACUCUUGCCUGAUCAUGCCACUGCCUUACUGGAAGCAUUCAAACACGAGAAACAGCUCCACGCUCACUAUGUCCUCAGACUCUUGUAUGAGGCUCGGAACCAUCUUGUGCAGCUGCCAAAUAUCACCAGCAUCUCGACCUGCUACAGCGAGGAGAUCACUGUAUGUGGAGACUUGCAUGGCCAGUUGAAUGACUUAUUUCUGAUAUUUUACAAGAAUGGCCUUCCCUCUCCACAAAAGGCUUACGUCUUCAAUGGUGACUUUGUGGACCGGGGCAAACACUCCAUUGAGAUCCUGAUUGUCCUCCUUGUCUUUCUCCUGAUUUACCCGAAGGAGGUACACCUGAACAGAGGAAACCAUGAGGACUAUAUGGUCAAUUUACGCUAUGGACUUACCAAGGAGGUCAUGCGGAAAUAUAAGGAUCAUGGGAGUAAGAUUCUGAAACUGCUUCGGAGUGUUUUUAGUUGCCUGCCACUGGCCACUCUGAUUGAUCAGAAGGUCUUGAUUGUCCAUGGUGGAGUGUCGGACAAGACUGAUUUGGAACAGCUGGCCAAGAUUGACAGGCGGAAGGUUUUAUCUGUGUUAGCCCAGAGAAAACCUUCUAGAACUCUGAUUCCUGCAGAAGUGACUGAUAGCAGACUUUCCAGGGCUGCUGUCUCCCAGCGGGCGCAGCAGUCGGCCGAGGGGGAGCCCAGCACCUCCUAUGCCUCCGUGUCUGCGCACAGUGAGGCAUCAGACUUUGAAGAUUAUGAACUUCAGCAGAUUCUAGAUAUUUUGUGGAGCGACCCCGUUCCCCAUCUGGGCUGUUGCCUGAAUGAAGAGCGAGGAGGAGGUUGUUGCUUCGGCCCCGACGUGACAGACAAGAUUCUGCAAAAGCACGGCCUGCAGCUAAUCAUCCGCUCCCACGAGUGUAAGCCAGAGGGUUACGAGUUCAGCCACAACCGAAAGGUACUCACCAUAUUUUCAGCUUCAAACUAUUAUGCACCCGGUAGUAACAGAGGUGCCUAUAUCAAACUGGGGCCUGACCUGAUCCCUCAGCUGGUGCAGUAUCAAGCCGGCAAGGGAGCACAAAAACUCACAAUGACACAAAGGAUCAGCCGGGUGGAGGAGUCUGCAUAUCAAGCUUUAAGGGAGAAAUUGUUUGCUCACGAGUCGGACCUCAGGAAGGCGUUCAAGAAAUUUGAUAAGACGAACUCAGGCUUGAUCGCAUUAAGUGACUGGGCGAAGGCCAUGGAGUCGGUCCUGCCUCUUGGGCUGCCAUGGCGGAUGCUGAGGCCACAGAUGGUGUCACGCUUGUCCAGCGGGAAGGUGAAUUACAAGUUGUGGCUGAAAGACAUCGCUCUGGAGCACCGGUCAACAACCCAAGAGCGCGUACAGUCAAGCUUGCUGGAAACCAUUUACCAAAAUCUGUCCAAUCUGGAAACAGUCUUCAGUAUCAUCGACAGCGACCAUUCCGGGGUCAUCUCUCUUGAAGAAUUCCGCCAGACCUGGAUACUCUUCGGGGCACAUAUGAAUAUAGAGAUGUCGGAUGACAACAUUGGCAACUUGGCUCGCUGCAUUGAUUUCAACAAAGAUGGGAACAUAGACUUCAACGAGUUCCUUGAGGCCUUCCGCCUUACCACACAGUCACCCUCCUGAGGAAGACGGCCACCUGGAAGCGGAGUGGCAACUCGCUCUCUGGAAUGCCACCCCAACUCAAAGGAGUCGCCUUUGGGGUGACCCCUAAACAAGGACUAAUCUUUCAACCUAAGAACGUGCCUCUCAACCAAACGUGCCUCUCAACCAAAUGAAAAGGGGAAAACAAGUCACUGCAAUACACGGUUUAGUGCUGGCCUCACCACCAAUAGUAGCUGACAUACUGCUCCAUGUUUCAUGUGUGUUUUAACAAAAUGUGCACGCAGUUGGGCAAGAGGGCUCUGGUGCAAACACAAACCUGCACAAACACAGUCGCACGAUGGAGGAUCCUUAUUUCCAACGGCCAUCCAUUGUGCAGCUCCACACAAGUUUAAGCAUUUGCACAGGAGUGUUGUUGCACAAAUACAUGCACAUUUUGUUUAAACACACAGCGAAUGUUGCGCAGGAUGUCAGCUGCUGCCAUUUUCACAUUUCUAAUACUAAAUAUGAGAGGAAGCUGGAAACCCAGAGGUCCUUCUAUCCCAGCACCAGCUUUUAAUACUAGGAAAUAAGCAUAGCCUCUUUUUAAGCAAAGCUUUUAGAAUUAGAUUGUGAAUAAUGUUUCCCCUGAUUUUAAAAUGUUAAAUAAAUAAACAAACACAGGAAUGUGAA